AUGCUUGGAGCACGAUGCCACGGUCAAGAGGUGUUAAUGUGGGCUUUCGAAAUGCCCAUCCCAAUGGCGACGCGGCUCAAGCUCAUGAGCUCGUCAAAUUGGGGCUCACGCGUUAUGUGCGGACGUACUCCAAACGGCGUGGAAGCCAAAGUGACUUGCUACUUUCGACGACGUGACAUAUCAAAUACUCUCAUCCAGCAAGCGGAGAAGUAUUGCAAAUGUACAGUGACCCUUUACAACGAAGUGGAACCCUUGACUUCUUACGUGGAACGCGAAGACGCCUUCUACUAUCGCCUUAUUUACGAUCCUAACACAAAACGCCUCCAGGAGGAUCGAGGCUCUAUGCGAAUCGGUUCGGACUUUCAGUGCGACAUUCAGCCACUUCUGGCUAAAGGUGAAGGCGAUCCUCGUUUCAAACAGAAUCUGGAGGAAAUCCUAUGGAACCCUUUGAAUUCCCCCUCCCUCUCAGAAAUGGAUACAUUCAUCAGUGCGGUGAAAGCUGUUGGCCUCUAUGGUCGUGCCUGUGAUCCGGCUAGCAGUCUGCAGAAUCCCCUCCUAAUUAACGCAGCAGCUGCUGCUAGCCGGGAUGUAACUCUUCAGUUCGCACACGACAUCCUCUUUAGAGCUGGCUUCGAUGUCCAGAAAGCCAUGACUCACUUGCUACCUAACGGCCAUCCGGUGGUGUGCAAAGACGAGUUGGAGAUGUGGACGGCACACGAGUCGUCGCUGUUCGAGGAGGCCUUGGGGAAACAAGUCAAGGACUUUACCCACAUCCUCACCGACUCUCUGCCCUGGAAGUCUUCCAAGUCCAUUGUGGAGAUGUACUACUUUUGGAAAACUACUGAUCGCUACACGCGUCAUCGCAAGAACAAGAUGGUCACCAAGGAGCAGAAACUCAAACAGGUCUACAUUCCUGACUACAGCAAGCCGAACUCCUCUGUCCUCUACAACCGCACUGAUGUCAACGAUCGCGGAUGCGAGUGCUGCUACGUCGAGACGUCGCCUCAGUGGUACGCCUGGGGUCCGCCCAACUUAAUGUGCCGCCUUUGUUCAGGAUGUUGGACCUACUGGAAAAAGUACGGAGGCCUGAAAAAUCCCGACAAGAGAGCCAAAUCGAGGAUUCCAGCCUUGCGAGACCCGCAGGCCGUGUUGAAACGCAAGCUUCCAGUACGCUCUCUGAAAUCGGUGGUCAAGAAGUUGCUUCUCCGGUUGGGCCGAAAUGAUGACUCUGCCAUCAUCACUGCCCCUUUCAAACGUUCUUUCGAUUCCGCAUCGAUAGCCCAGAAUGGAGAUGCCGCAAACGGUGUGGAACAGCCUGCGGAAAAGAGGCCGCGAAUAGAAUCUGUAGCUCAGAAUUGCAGCAGUACCAAUGGGCGAGUCGUGAGCUAG